AUGGAGCAGCCACAGUUCCGAAUUGGACGAGUUCGGCGCAAAAGCACUUCCGGCCGAAGAGGAAUGCUGAGUGACGCAAACCACUCUGUCGUGAACAUGCAGGAUAUCCACACUCACCUUAGCGUUUGUGAGAUUCCAGAUACAGGAACGUCGAUACCAACUACCAAACCUGAGGACCAGACAUUCCUAGGACAUACACAUCUCAGCGCAGAAUCGUCGACCAACCAAGCCCCUGUCGUUAUAACAGGACCAGCGAAUGGUGCGCAUACCAAAGUUGUUUUUCUCGAUGGUGUUCGCGGUCUCGCAGCCAUUCUGGUUGUGAUCCAGCACUCACACGAGUAUCCCACCCAAGGUUUGCACCUCGGGUCAGUGGCUGUGGACGCAUUUUUUGUGCUAUCAUCAUUCUUGUUGACCUGGCUCUUCCUGAAGAAGAGCAUGAAAAUGAUCGAGCAACAAGCGGGAAUUCGGUUGUGGACAAUCGCGCUACUGGAUUAUUUUCAGAAACGAUUCUUUCGAGUGUACCCGCUGUUUGCCGUGACGGCGAUCAGUCUCUAUUUCAUGCCAUUAUAUGCCCAGCAUCGCUAUUUUCAUGUGAAGAAGCCCGAAGACUACGAUCUGGGCAAGGUACUCAUGUUCUAUUCUGGUUUUCGUGUCCAUGUAUUUUGGACAUUGCCGCUUGAAAUUGGAUACUACUUCGUGAUUCCAAUGUUUGUAUUAGCAGCGCUGGGUAUGCGCCGUCUCUGGUGGGUUGGAGCUGUUCCGUUGCUCGUGUGGAUUAUGCACGAAGGCUUCUACACGUACCGAAUCGAUCAUAUGCCCCUCGCUCCUCACCUUCACACAUUUUUGGCGGGCUCAUUGGGAGCUGUAGUGUUCGUGAAGGCGGAUAUGUGGAUCAAAGAAACGAGAUUUAAGCUUCGCUGGUGGCACAAAAUCGUCCUCCGUGUAGUUGAAGGUUUGUCCAUUGCUCUAUUGUUGAGCGUCUCUUUCCAAGGAUUAUUCUUCGACUGGAUUCACCAGAAUCCUGUGCCCGCUGCCCCGGGUUUUGCCUUUGUUAGCGUGCAGAUGACGGCAGUGUUCGUGAUUGAAAUGAUCUGUCCGUCUUGCAUAUCGACGAUGUUUGAGUGGAGUGUGUUGCGUUACUGGGGAAAAAUAAGCUUCUCGGUCUACUUGCUGCACUCUUUCGUCGUUUACCACCCUGCGAUCAAACACCAGAAGAAGUAUUUCAACCGAUUCUUCGCACGAUUCGGUUUGAUUCUUCUACUAGCGACGGUAACCUAUCACCUCAUCGAGUAUCCGUCGCAGCUGCUGGCUCAACGAAUCUCUCGUUUUCUCACUGCUCGAGGCAGAGAGGGGUGGAGGAGGUUUACGUGCAUGGAACAUGUUAACUUGAGAAAGGAAGACGUUCCUUCGGAGGAGAAAUAG